AAUUUUAUAUCAUUACUGUAAUAAACUUGAGCGUAAAAAUGGCUUUAAGCACCCGUUUAUUCGUUGGUAAUUUACCAGAUAAUUUCGACGAGAAAGCUCUAUGUGAUACGUUUUCUUUGUAUGGAAAUGUAAUCAAUUUUGAUUUAAAAACUAAACCUGGCGUUGAAAGUGACAAAAAGACUUUUGCCUUCGUGACAAUAUCUGCAUCUAAUUUUAAUGUGGAAUCAUGUAUAAAAUAUUUUUCUAAUGAAGAUUUUCAAGGAUAUAGAUUGUAUGUGACAAGAGCUCGUGAGAGUUUUUUGGAAAGGUUACAACGAGAGAGAGAACAAUCACAAAAAAGUGAGAAUAAAGAAGUUGAACAAACACAAACCAAUUCAAUAAACAAUAAUUUUUCUAUCAUUCAAAAACCAAAUGUUAACAAGAGAAAAUUUAUUGACAUUGAGGAAGGAAAAGAUAUUUAUGAAAAUGAUUUUAAAAAACAAAAUUCUGACAAAAAGCGAUUAGAAUCAAUGAAAAAAAAGAGGCAAGAGUUUAAUGAAAAGAAGAACAUUAUUAAAUCUGGCCUUAUAAGUAUAGAUAAAAAACCAAACAAAAAGGUAAUUUUUUCUGACACAGAAGAAGACAGUUCAAUACAAAAUAAUGUUACGACUAAUGGUGACAGUAUGAUAGAAAUUAAAAAUAAAAAUUUAUUUGAAGAUGACGAUAGCGAUGAGGAGAUCAAUUUUGAAAUCAAAAAGCAAUUCGAGGGCAAAAAAGGACAAAAAGUUUUAGAUUUACAGUCCAGGUACAAAUCGGAUAAGCGUUUUGUGCUAGAUGAGAGGUUUAUUGAAGAAGAUUCGGUAAGUGAAAAGGAAGAUGACUUGGAGAUAUCAGAGGAAAUCCAAGUAGGGCAAGUUGACGAGAAAUCAAAACAGCUUGACAUACUCCAGGAUGUACUUGGUGUUACUAUUAAAACUAAGCAACGUGAUACAACAAAUAAAAUAAAAGCUAAACUGGGAAUGUUGAGAUAUGACCCAUUGCAACCAGAGCAUGCAAAAUACUUAGCACCCGUAGAAACAAAACAUGAGUCAGUAAAAAAAUCGAAAAAGAAAAAAUCUAAAGAUGUUGAAGAUAAAGAAGAAUUAGAGCCACAGCCUGACCCAGUGGUAGAAAAGGUUGAGGUAUCAAAGGAACAAUUUUAUAAAAUAAGCGAUACUCUAAAAGAAGCUAUUACACAGCCAAAUUCCUUUAGUUUGAGAAGUUUGUUUACAAAGCAGGACAACACAAAAGAAGAAGCUCAAGAAGAAGACUCAAAUUAUAUUCCUUUACAAAGUACAAAGGUAUCAAAAGUUAAAAAUCCACUGGAACCUAGUGAAAAGAAUCCCUUUGUAUAUGACUCUUCAGAGUCAGAAAAUGAGGAAGACAAUACAAGUAAAAACAAUUCUGAAAGAAUUGUUGAGGAAAAAAUUGAACCCAAGAUUGUCUGGAGGGAAAAGCUAUUUUUUUCACCCGCAGACGACAGGUUGAAAGAUGGAUUAUUAUUCUUUAUUAAGAAUAAUGAUAAUGACAGGCAAAAGGAAAGAAGAGAAUUAAAAUCAGUUAUGAAAAAGAGGAUAUAUAAUAAAGAAAGGAAGAAUACAAUGUUCCGGAAAAAAAUUGGUGGUAACAAGAAGACUAUGAAAAAGAAGUUUAGGAAAGGUUAAUUAUAAAUAAAUAUAUACAAAGCA